GCUAAGCUGCGGCUUGAGAUGGAGAUGGAGAGGCAGAGGCAGACCCACUCGAAAGAAAUCGAGAGUAAGGAUGAGGAGGUAGACGAGAUCAGGCAUUCCUGCAGUAAGAAGCUGAAACAGAUGGAGGUGCAGCUGGAGGAGGAGUAUGAAGACAAGCAGAAAGUGCUGCGUGAGAGGCGAGAGCUGGAGUCCAAACUGCUCAACGCCCAGGACCAGGUGAGUCAGAGGGAUGUGGAGACGGAGAAGAGGCUGAAGAAAGACCUGAAGAGAACCAAAGUCCUGCUGGCUGAUGCACAGAUUAUGCUGGACCACCUGAAGAGUAACGCCCCCAGCAAGAGGGAGAUCGCUCAACUCAAAAAUCAACUGGAGGAGUCAGAGUUCACUUCCGCAGCAGCAGUCAAGGCUCGGAAGAGCAUGGAGAUUGAAAUAGAGGACUUGCAUAUUCAAAUGGAGGAUGUGGUCAAAACUAAGCUGUCGUUAGAGGAGCAGGUCAGCCGUCUGCAGAGAGAGAAGAAUGACCUGCAGUCUCGUAUGGAGGAGGAUCAGGAGGACAUGAAUGAGCUGAUGAAGAAACACAAAGCUGCUGUUGCCCAG